UUUGAACAGUUAUUGGCAACCAAGAAAUCAUUGCCAGCUCUUAAUUGCAAAUUCAGUGCUCAUGCUAAUGGUGAGAGGAAUAUUUACAUCCUUGAGAUUUCCAUAUGUACAGUUUCCUUGCAAGACUCUUUCUGGUGACACCUUAUAUCCUAUUGUUUGGGAAGCCAUUCAACGACUGGAACUACUUGGAUGUAAGGUGCUGGCAAUAAUCUGUGAUGGAGCUAGUAGUAAUCGUAGCUUCUUUCGUAUUCAUUCAACAAAGAAUUCUUCAGAGGCUCAGGAGCAGCUAGCUUAUAGAACUAGAAACCCUUUCAGCUGUGAUCGUGACCGCACAUUUCUCUGGUUUGUGUCUGAUGCUCCCCAUUUGAUGAAGACGACACGAAACUGUUGGACUAGCCCUAAGCGAAAUCUCUGGAAUUGUGGUAAAGAUAUAAGUUGGAAUCAUCUUCGACGACUGUACUACCAAGAUUCUGGGGCACAGAGAUGUGCUGGAGGGUUGAGUCUUGUCCCUAAGCUGAAGUUUGAGCACCUCAAGUUAUCCUCAUUUUCUAAAAUGAGAGUGGACUUAGCAGUUCAGGUAAGAAAGAAUAUACUGGAUGUAUCAUACACAUGUUUAUGUGUGUCUACGGGUACUGAGUGAGUCAGUGUGUCAUGCUCUGCUGGAGAUCGGUGGAGACGCUUUUUCGGGAACAGCAACAUUUUGUCAAAUGAUGGAUCGAUUCUUUGAC